UGUCAUAAUCGCCCCCACUUAAGCGGCCGUGUGGAAUGUGAACCUGCAUCCUGCCAGUGUAUUGGACAGGCUGCCACAACAACCCACAAAGGAUCCUGGACCAUACACCACCCUCGCGCAAGCCUUACGAACGCCAUUUUGUGUUCGCCUCAUUGUAAGGCUUGGUUAUUGCUCGAUACUUGGAAAUCUCGGUUGUCGCGCUUUAUCAAGGAAUGUGCCGCACUUGAAAACUUUCCACCAGCAAUAAUCGUUUUGUGAUCGGUUCGCCGCCGCCGUUGCAGCAAUUUCGGUCAUUGAUCGAAUCGACACUGUCGACCAUGAGCUAUCAGUCUCGAGGAAUGGCAGCAAACAUGGUGAAUUCCAUUAACGAGCCUCUGGAUAUUAAGGAUCCGUCCUUAGUAUGGCAACAAGGAAGCCAGUAUUUGCCCGAUUCCGGCAUACAGUCCGGAGGUAGCACUCAAACGCAUUCCAUCACCACCAAAGAAGACGAUAUGGAGAGAGACCGACUUCUGUUUGAUCUCGAUCAAGGAUUUCCACAGACGUUUCCGCACGAGCAAGUCGACGGUAUGAACCAACAUUUAAAUCAAAACUGUAAUGACAAUUUGGAGGACGAUGUUGAAAUGCCAGCUCAGUUCAAUGUAAACAGUGCGGCUAAUGUGCAAAACAUGACGGGCCCGAGUCAAAUGUUGAAAUACGCCGUUGUGAAUCUAAUCAAUUAUCAAGAUAACGCUGAACUAGCUACAUGGGCCAUUCCAGAAUUAAUAAAAUUGCUUAACGACGAAGAUCAAGUUGUGGUUUCCCAAGCGGCCGUCAUGGUUUAUCAACUGUCCAACAGAGAAGCCGCCUUACACGCUAUCAUUAAUAGUCCACAGAUGAUCGCUACGUUAGUUAAAUCCGUCGCCAAUAGCAGUGAUUUAGAAACAACGAUCGGUGCAGUUGGAACGUUGCGCAACUUAUCGAAUCAUCGACAAGGUUUGUUGGCCAUAUUCAAAAGCGGAGGAAUCCCAGCGCUAGUUAAACUAAUGAGUUCACCUGUUGUAUCAAUUCUACGAGAUGCCGUAAUAACUCUUCAUAAUUUGUUACUACACCAAGACGGUUCGAAAAUGGCUGUGCGCGUUGCCGGCGGAUUACAGAAGAUGGUGUCUCUCUUGACUUUCAAAUCGAACAGUCACUCAAUCACUGUAAAAUUUUUGACCAUCAUUACCGACUGUCUGCAUAUAUUGGCAUGCGGAAAUCAAGAAAGUAAACUGAUAAUAUUGGCGGCUCAGGGACAUGUCGAACUUGUGCGUAUAAUGCGCUCUUAUAACUAUGAGAAACUGUUAUGGCUGACUUGCAGAGUACUGAAGGUUUUGUCAGUUUGUUCACGAAACAAACCGGCCAUCGUAGAAGCCGGUGGAAUGCAAGCAUUGGCCAUGCAUCUUCAGCAUGACAGCCAACAGUUAGUGUAUAAUGUUUUAUGGACUUUGAGAAACUUAUCCGAUGCGGGAACUAAAAUUGACGGACUCGAACAACUGUUACAAUCUUUAGUUGCGGCGCUAGGUCAUUCGAACAUGAACAUUGUAACGUGUGCCGCCGGAAUAUUAUCAAACUUAACAUGUAAUAAUCAAAGAAAUAAAUUGACUGUAUGUCAAUUCGGUGGUGUCGAUGCUCUAGUCCGUGCCAUCAUGAGUGCCGGAGACAACGAGGAAAUAACAAAACCCGCUGUUUGUGCUUUACGACACAUUACGUCCGGUCAUGCCGAAGUCGAAAACGCACACAACGCUUUUUGCCGAGCUGGCGGCGUUCAGAUAGUGGCCAAAUUAUUACAGCCUGCGUCUCAUUGGCCUCUCAUCAAAGCGGUAAUCGGAUUGAUAAAGAACGUCGCCCAAUGCAAAGCGUCACACGGACUACUUUGUGAACACAACGCCAUGCAUAAUUUAGUCGGACUUUUAAUGCGCGCUUUCCAAGAUUUCCAAAAUCAUUCGAAUACUAGCGUCAAACAAGACGGAGUUCGAAUGGAGGAAGUGAUCGAGUGUGUUGCCGGAACGUUGCAAAUCCUAGCCAAGGAACCGCAAAGCCGAUCGAUCAUACGUUCUCAACAAGGGUUUAUGUCUGUGUUGAUACAGCUGUUGUUCAAUAACUUUGAAAACAUACAACGUUUGGCGGCAGACACGCUCAACGAAUUGGCUGCGGACAAAGAAGGUGCCGAUAUGAUUGAAGCCGAAGGCGGAACCGCUUCGUUGACUGAUCUGUUGCACUGUGGAAAUGAAGCACUGGCUACAUGUGCUGCGGCCGUCCUGUCCAGGGUCUCGGAACAUAAGUUGCAAAAAUGCCUUUCCAUGGAACUGACAAAUUCUCUGUUUAGCGAAGAACAAAACUUAUGGCCUUCCAGUGACCUCGGUAUAGCUCCCGAUCUCCAGGACAUGAUAGGGGCGAACGAGUAUGAUAUUUAUGGUCAAGGAUUAAGCACUGUCUACAGUGGUGUAGGGUCGCCCAAACACAGUGCUUCAGGGUAUGGCGCGUUACCCUUAGAUUCAAUGGAAGGGUUGGAAAUAUGUCCACCGCAAGAUUCCAGCUACGGAUCGAUGGACGUAGAUUUUGGUCUACAAAGUGAUCUGACAUCCAUGCCACUCUGAUCAUGAGACGAACCUCGUUGGUGUGAACUAAUUUCGGAAAUUAUAAUAUUUUAACGUUGUUAAGUGAUUAUUUCGAUGAACAAUAAUAAUUUUAUAUUAUGAAAAUGUAAUUAACAUUUUGCAUUACUUGUUGUAUGCCAUAAAUCGAAAACAUUAAGGUGUGUUUGUUUUCAUACCAUAAAAUAUAUAACAAUUUACCCCUAUGGCUGUUAAUUGUUAUUUUAACUUUUUUUUUUUAAGUUCAAAUCAACAAUACUUUUUGACUGCUUAAACUAUAAUAUUAUACAUUGAUAUUCUAGCAAUAUUAAGAUAAAAUUAAGUUAACAAGAUAUACACGUGUGUGUGUGCGUGUAUCUUGAAAUUAGUGUUUUAUUUAUCAAUUGAGACUUAUUUAAAAUAAUUUUUUUUUUAUUAAUUUUUUGUCCUGUGUAUUAGUAACUAAAUAUUAUUAUUAUUAUUAUUG